GGUUUUAAUUUCAGAUCUCUUGGGGGUCCGUUUCGUCUUUACCUUCUCUCUUCCUCUCUUCUCUCUCUCUCUCUCUCUUCUCUUUCAAACGCUGAGUUCUGAUUCGUUUGGAUUUUCUUUGGUUUUUGUUUUCUGACAACUCCAUCAAUUUUUUUUUUUCUUAUGUUUUCUGUGUUUUUUUACUCCUUACGUCUUUAACUGCUAUCUGAUCCAACUCUUCAAAACUAUACUUUUUAUCUGUAUGAACCGAUCUCGUAUAUCUCGCUAUUUGAAUUUUGAAGGAAAAGUUUCCCCAGAAAAUUAAUUUUUUUUUUUUUUUUUUUUUGGUGGUGGGUGUAGCGUAGAAGAGAUCUUGAAGAGAGAUUGAGUUUGAAUAUUUAUCACGUGGGUUGUAUCAAAUUUCAUUACUUUUACAUAGAAUUCCCAGAAUCUGAAACUGGGUAUUUGAAUAUCCAUUCCCCCUUUGAGGUAAAUGGGUUCAUCUUUUGUGAUUGAGAGGCUAAGAAGACUGUUUGUUUAGUUGGGAAAAAAAAAAAAGAAAAAGGAAAAGAGAAGGUGGGGAUGAAAGCAAUGCCGAGAAGUAGGGGUGACAAAGAAGAAAGUGAAAAGCACAUAGGAUUGCUUAAACUGGUUCAGAUUCUUUCCUUUCUAGUUGUUUUUGUUGCUGGUGUGGUUAUAGGAUUAGCGACGAGUUCUCAUGUUAAUCAGCAUUUCAAUCCCCAAGCUGAAGUUUAUUCUUUCAUCAAUCAUUAUUCGACAAAUGCGCCGGUUGUGGAGGAAAAGAAUUGUACCAUCUUGAAAGAAUGUGAAAAAGCUGAGGAUUGCUUGAGCAUGAAGGUGUUUCUCAAGCCAAACAACCUGACUCAUAGUAUGUCCGAUGAUGAGCUUUUUUGGCGAGCUUCAAUGGUGCCAACCAAGGAAGAAUAUCCGUACAAAAGAGUGCCUAAAGUGGCUUUCAUGUUUUUGACAAGAGGUCCAUUGCCAAUGUUGCCAUUGUGGGAGAGGUUCUUUCGUGGCCAUGAGAAGCUUUUCUCAGUAUAUGUGCAUGCUCCUCCUGGGUAUAAACUCAAUGUAACUAAUACUUCUGCUUUCUACCAAAGGCAAAUCCCUAGUCAGCAUGUUUCAUGGGGAACAGUCGCUCUUUUUGAUGCAGAGAGGCGUCUUCUAGCUAAUGCCUUGCUCGACUUCUCAAAUGAGCGGUUUGUUCUUCUGUCUGAGAGCUGCAUCCCAGUCUAUAACUUCCCAACCAUAUACAAAUAUCUCAUUGGUUCUGAUCAGAGUUUUGUCGAGUCAUAUGAUGAUCCUUCUCGUUAUGGGCGUGGUCGUUACAGCCGCAAGAUGCUUCCUGAUAUUAAGCUCCACCAGUGGCGUAAAGGGUCUCAAUGGUUUGAACUGCAACGUGCUCUUGCUGUGUAUAUAGUCUCAGACACGAGAUAUUAUAGCCGUUUCAGGAAAUAUUGUUUGCCUGCUUGCUACCCAGAUGAGCAUUACUUACCAACUUACCUCAAUAUGUUCCACGGUUCACUAAAUUCAAACAGGACAGUGACUUGGGUCGACUGGUCGAUGGGAGGACCACACCCUGCAUUGUACGAAAAGGCUAAUAUCACUGAAGGUUUUAUACAGUCGAUAAGGAACAAUGGAACUCUCUGUCGAUACAACUCAGAGAUGACAUCCAUUUGCUAUCUGUUUGCUCGGAAGUUUGCCCCGAGCACACUGGAGCCUUUGCUCAACCUCGCCUCAUCAGUGAUGGAAUUUUGACUAGUUUGACACCUAGGACAUGGGGUUUGGCUACCGUUUUUCUUUCUUCUUCUUUCUUUCUUUUUCCAUGGAGUUCAAUAGAAUUUUUGGCUCAGCUAAGUUAUAUAGUUCAUUGGAAGCUUUGGGAGCUUUGUUUCAAUGAUUCUUGUUUGGGUACACAAAUGUACAGGUGGCUGUAGUUCUGAUAGAGAAAUUUUGUGGUUUCUGUCUCUCAGAGUAUAUGCAUAUUCUUGCACAGAUUUUUUAGGGGAUAUAAUUAGCGAGUCCUUCAAAGAAGGAUAGCAGGAAUAUAUAAUAUUAUGUUAUGAAAUUAAUAGUA